UAUUAACAAAUUCAAAAUGUAUCGACGCAGUUGCCCUUCGAGCUACAAUAAUAUGUCGAUGUCUGAUUCUGAAACUGAGUCUGAUGAAGACAUUAGAGGUCUAGUUAUACUUGACCAAAAAAAGAAGAAUAAUGGAAAAAGGCCAAUGAUCAAUUUGGAAAAUUUCCAGACCAGAAAAAAUGGAGAGGGUAAGAAGGUGCUUUCAUUGGCUGAGGAGAAUACAAAUCAAUUCAAGUCUAAAGCACAUGUAGAUCGAGAUGAUUUAGUGGAGCUGGCAACAAAAUACCAAAAGAUGAUGAAGAAAAUUUCAAUUCCAACAGGUCGUGUGCAAUAUGGAGUGGUAGUUAAUUGGCAAUGUUUGGCCAAAACAAUGAAGUUAUUGUAUGGUCAACCAUUGCAUUAUCUUACUCACAUGCUUUGUAAGCAAUGGGAUGAGUCAUGGUUUGAAAGUGAAGAUGGAGAGCAGCCAUUGGAUAUUAUGAUUAAAUGGAGUAAUGCAGAAGCAACUCUGUGGAAUGUUGAAGAAGUUCAUAGGCUUUGCACUUCCCCUAUUCAUCUUGCUAAGCUUUGGCUUAAUGAUCCUGAAUAUUGUACUUUUGUUCAUGAGGUCAUUCCAUUCCGUUGAUUCAUGCAUGCAUGCAUGAUCAAUGAAUUAAACAUUAAUAUUGUUAGCAAAUAAAGAAACAUCGUUGUUCAGUUUUAAGUUUUGUAGUCACUACAUUAGACAGUGAUAAAUAAAUUAUGACUUUGAGAUUAAUUUGCUCUUAAGUACUUUUAUGGUUUGCAAUUUUGUGCUCUUCAAUUUCUAUACUUGAAGAUCUUUUGAUGUGAACGUC